AUGGCAAACGGCGGCUCGGUGGGCACACCAACGCCUCAAUUUCCCACACAUAAUGCUCCUCGAGUUUGGCUCCUGACCUCAGGAGACUCUCCAGUUGGCAUCUCGAUUGCCCGCCAGGUGCUUGAUCACGGCGACUAUGUUGUGUCCGGCAUCAUCCAAGCCGAGUUCGAGAAUGAUGGUGCCCGGAGUCAGGAGUUCAAAAGGUUCCUGUCUCAGGUUGGGCGGACACCUGGAAUGAAGGAGCGUCUAAAAGUUGUAGCCCUGGAUAUCAGGGUCGUUGGACAAUGUCAGGCAGCUAUCGCAGAAGCCGUGCAAACGUUUCGAAAGAUCGACAUCCUCUUUUGCUGUACCAGUGAAGCAAUAGUUGGGACCGUCGAAGAACUUUCAGCUAGUUCCCGGACUCUGACCCUCGUGCGAGAUCAGUUUGAGAAGAAUUUCUUUGGCCCGAUGAAUAUCAUCAAAGCUGUCAUCCCCCAGAUGCGGUCACAAAUGAAUGGUCACAUCAUUGCCCUCACUGGUAUUACAGGCCAUCUCGGAACACCAGCAUUGAGCAUGUAUUGUGCGUCCGGGUGGGCGUUGGAGGGCUUCUGUGACAGCAUUGCUUAUGAGAUUGCACCGUUCAACAUCAAAUUGACAAUUGUCCAAGCAAGCGUCGAGAUCGGAAUCCUAACCAACAAGAUCACUUCGGCACCGCCAAUGAAGGCCUACACCCGAGAAUUUGGUCACACCGCUCCCAUGUUUCGAGGUAUCCUAGACGGCUUGUUGAAUCGCCUCCCUGGGAUUCGUACCCAGUAUCCUCCUCCGCCGGAAACCGACAUUCAGUCACCUUCGUCAGAAGCGGAGAGACAGAGCGGCCCUUACCUCCUCAGCCGUAAUGAGGUAGUCAGCUUGUAUCCACCUCUUAGCCAUGCACAUACAGAAAAAUUGAUUGCAGAGACUGUGCAUGCGCUGACAGCCAUUGGUGGUCAUGAGAACCCUCCUGCCCGCCACAUUGUUGGGGUUGAAGGUGUGGCUAGCGUGAAAGAGAAGCUCAAAACAGUGAGCGAGGAAUUGGAGGAAUUUGUGGACACCAGUGCAUCAGCCGAUAUUGCCGCUCGACAGGGGGCCGGUGGAGCUGGGCGUGCAGCAAGUAUCGUUGACGUGGACAUCAAGGAUCUUGAAGGUGACAUUUUUGAUGCUUCAUUGGGGUUGAGAUAG